AUGGAAAAAAUUAAAGGACAUGGAAAACGAUGUAAGACUUUUAUAUCUAAUUCGAAUUUAAAACCUAAUUUUCAGAACUAUGACGUGGAAGAACAGGGGUGUAGCGCCUUCACCGGCAAAAGUGGCUAUAUUAUCAGAGGAUGUUGUGUGGUCUUUAUACUCAUCAUUUGUAUGAUCAUUGUAGUAUCAGUCAUUUUCACUUUCAUGCAAAGACCAAUCGAUCUUACUGCUCAAACUCCUCUCAAUGCCUCCGGACUUGUAGCCUCACCUGAAGAAACGUCUUCGAAACCGCAACUUCGCGUAUUCCCCACAUUUACAAAACGCUUCACAUUCGAUAUGUUGUUUUCUGGAAAACGAUUCCUUAUUGAUUCCCAUGACUAUAUGUGGCUACCAGAUGGAUCAUUUGUGCAUAUCAAAAAUGAUGAAUCGAUGACAAAACCAAAAAUUUCAAAAAUUGCACUGAAAUCCUUCGAACCAUCACCAUUUGUUGAUAGUGAUGAGUAUGCUCGAGCAUUGUCUUCUGAUAUGAAAUACGCCUAUGGAUCGGAGAGAGUGAACGAGUUGUUUAGACAUUCUGCCGAGUAUCUCUAUCAUAUUGUUAAAAUGAUAAAUGGAACAGCGUCCACUGAGAGAUGGCAUGUUGGACCAGAAGAGAACGCUCUUAUCCAAGCAUUUUACUGGAAUCCAAACAAAUCCAGUCAUGAUUUUGUUUACGUUCACAACUACAAUUUGUACUAUCAAAAGGAUCCGGAAAAACCAAAUGAUGCAAUUCAGUUGACAUCUGGAGGAACUACUUUUAAUAGAUUUGGGUUCAGCAACUGGUUGUAUGAGGAGGAGAUCUUGGAUGGGUCUGGAGCCGUUUGGUGGUCUCCGUCGGGUCGUUAUGUGUCAUAUUUGAAAUUUGAUGAUACCAAUGUAAAUCGCAUCUUCCUUCCAAAAUACACUGAUGAGGAUAGCUAUGUGGAAUAUUUCGAACUACCGUACCCAAAAGCCGGAGUUCAAAACAACACACUGGUUACUCAAUACAUUUGGGACAGUGUGAAUCACAAAAUCGUCGAGACUGCUGCGCCAAACGAGCUUGUCUCCACUAAUGGAAACUAUUAUGUGCUAACCAACAAAUGGAUCACCAUGCCCAAAAAUGCGAGUGAAUUGGGAGCAGAGAGACUGAUUACUGUUUGGUCAAAUCGCGAUCAAAACAAUCUUCACUAUUCUCUGUGCAACGAGCAAGACUGUGUCAUGAUUAUGUCGUUCCCAUUUGAAAUCGACAAUAGGAAAAUGUGGGUUCAACCCAAAGAUGUCAGAAGUAUUUUCGAAACUGAGUCAGGAUUCUUGACUAUUCUUCCACAUAAACAUGAAGAUGGCAAUAUUUACAACCAUGCGGCCCAUAUCGAACUUGACAAUACUGGUCAUGGAAAAAUCAUAAAAUGGAUUGGAGAGAACUACGAUAUCCAAAUGAUUCUGGGAUAUUCGGGAAAACUCGAUGCUCUUACUUUAAGUGCUUUUGGAACAGAAGUUGGAGAGAAUAGCAUGUAUAUUGUCAGAGAGGCGUUGUACGGAAAGGAAAAGGUUACCCUCCAAAAGCUAUCAGAACAAUUUGAAGACUGCAAAAGUAUGGGAUCCCAAUCUGCGGAUCCAACCGGAGAACGUCUCGUGGUCCAGUGUGAAGCACCAUUUGAAAACACGAGAUUGUAUUUGGUGGACGUAGUUGAUGUCACCAAAAAAGUACUACUAGCAGGAUCUACAAAAGCUUACAUUCCAUUUGAUGUCCCACGUGUGUCAUUCGGAAAGUUUCAGCUGCCAUCUGGAAUCGAUGGCCAUUAUAUGCUUCAAAAGCCUGCAAAUCUUCAAGAAACCGCAAAGGUUCCUCUUCUUGUUGACAUAUAUGGUGGCCCGGAUAGUAAAAAUGUGUAUCAAAGAACACCAACCGCGCAUGCGAUUCAAAUUGUUUCCCAGUACGAUAUUGCUUAUGCUAGGAUAGAUGUUCGAGGGACUGGAGGAAGAGGAUGGAAUGUGAAGGAGCAAGUUUAUAAAAACUUGGGAGAAGCUGAAACUACGGAUACACUGGAUAUGAUAAGAGAAUUUGUGAGGAACUUCAAUUUCAUAGACGAGGAUAGAAUAAUUAUUAUGGGCUGGUCUUACGGAGGAUUUCUAACAGCAAAAAUCGCGGCGAAAGAUCAAGGAGAGCUGAUAAAAUGCGCAAUUUCCAUAGCUCCAGUUACAGAUUUCAAAUAUUAUGGUAUGUUUCAUACUUUAUACUUCAAAACUUUUACUUUCGAAUUUGCAGAUUCCGCGUAUACAGAACGGUAUCUGGGUCAACCAUCUGAUAAUCCGAAUGGAUAUAAAAACACAAAUGUGAUCCCUCACGCUAGGAAUUUGAGCAAUACAAAAUAUUUCUUGGCACAUGGAGAGCGAGAUGACAAUGUCCAUUAUCAAAAUAGCGCGAGGUGGUCGGAAGCGCUUCAAUAUAAUGGAAUACAUUUUACACAACUGGUAAUAAUGGAAAUCACAUUUUCUAUUAGAAAAAUCGUGUACGCAAAUGAAGCACAUAGUUUAAGUCGGAAGAUGCAUCAUCUUUACGCUGAAAUUCAACGGUUCAUGAAGGACGAAUGUUUUACGUCCAACUCAGAUCUUAUAUUUUAA